CUGAGGACACUCCACUUCGUGCCUCGGGGCACGGUGGUGGAUCCUACUAUCGCUUCAUGCACAAAACCAACCUCGGAGUUGAUCACUUGAGGAAGAGCAUGCGCUUGCAACACAUAAUGUUCUUCACAUCCAGGCUUUCUUUGAAAGAGUUCAACGCGUUCAUUAAUGGCUUAGAAGAUCACGAUCAGCAUAUGCUGUGGCAGGCUAUGAAUAUCUUAUACAACCGGCUCUUGAAAUGGCAGGCUGGACCUGGUAUUUCUCAGCAGGCUAUCAUACCCGAUGCCGAUUGCUACCACAUCGUCAACAAUACAGACAUGUUGAACAACAUGUUCGACGUGGCGAUCAAAGAAGAGAGGGACCACCAUAUUUUCCAUGAGCAUUCUGUGCUUCAGCAUGUUUACGAGUCUAUCCUGCGUAGCUGCAUGGCAAGAGGCAUCUGUCUCAAAGGUGAUACUCAUAAGCGCUGUGAGCAGAUCUUCCGGAUGCUUGACCAGGACGGCCACGGCGUGCUCCGCAUCCAGGAUUUCAUUCAGGGCGCAGUAGGAUCGUCAUUGGAGAUCACAGAGGAUGAAGCCACUGAGGCUUUUCAACUGAUGGAUGUUGAUGGUUCAGGAGUACUGUCCAAGCAGGAGGUUUGCCAGAGCUUCGUUGGCCUCUGCACCGACCCCCUUGAUCCAGCUCUUGCGGAGGAGCGCCGUCUGAUGAGGAAACUCUCUUUCUGGCUGCAGUCAGCAUCAAACGCAUCCGCGAAAGACGAUGCGGCGUUGCGCGUCGGGCGCCAGUUCAGGCUGCGGCACGCCGCGCUCCGAAUACAGCGGGUGUUCCGCCGUUCUCGCUCCGGGCCUCACACCAACAUCGACGUGUUCUAAAGACGACAUCACUGCGCUGAAGCCAUCUCCACGCGUCACCCCCGGUGGUCCAGUCCGUAUCGCUCUGUGACGAGGCCCGCUUGACGCACGCGGCUCGCAGUGCGCGGCCCUCGUUGGUCGGCGGGCGCACGAGGGCACCUCGGCGGAGAGAGCAGUUCUUCCACCGCAUGACACCUUGCGGCAGAAGGUCUCUGCAGCAACAUUUUUUCCAGCGAGGCUACCGCAUGACACCUUGCGUUAUGUCACUCCAACCUACUUUAGCCUCGAUCACCAGAAAGAAUGUCGAGCGCCCAAGCAAGCGCCGAAAUUCAAGGGUUUUCACGAGGCAAGACAUGCCCUCGGGCGCACAUCGUAACGUUCUCGGGCAGUCGGGAACCCACAGGAAUGCUGAGCUCGACCCUGCCAUUACCACAUCAGCCUGCGAGCGCCACACGCAUGCGCAACAGUAUACCGUAGCCCGCCAUUAUGUACCACAAUGUCCUGCGAGCGCUGCAAUAUGCCUGCGAUCGCCAGCAAUGUGACUGUGAGCACUUCUCACAUAUUUUUUCAUGUAAGCCUAGCCAUGCCCAGCAGUUUACAAGUUUCUUACUGAUCUUAGCUGCCACUCGCUGUUCAUGAACGUUCCCAGGAUGGCGCCGGCGCGAACUGUGACGUCCCAAGAACCUAGCAAUGGCCAUUAUUAUCGCGAAUCGUUGCAAACGCUCUCUGGAGUCGCCACUGCACUGGAAUGGUAAGGCAAGGCAACGCCUCC